GCUUUGCCAGAUUAAGCCUGAACGAAUCAGAAAUAUGUCCUUUGUUGAUUGAAUUGUCAUUUGUCUUGCAUGGAAAAAGCUUUCCAGGGUCUGGCUGGUGUAACUAUGGGGCAAAGCUGUCUCUUUUAAUUUGGGGAAGGCUUAGACCAUAGAAUGUUAUCUGUGGGAAGAUGUGCAAAGGAACAGCAGCAGCAGUGACUGGAAGGGAUUGCGCGGAGCCGGCAGCGAAUGAAUUCUGUUGGAGAGAGGAGGGUGGCACAGGGAGAGGCUGAGAAUGGAGAGGGAGGAAUGAGAUCCAUGGUCUUUAAAGGAAAAACAACAGGAAAGCAGGUUUGAAAAUAGAAAGAUUAGUCUGGAGGGGGUGGGAGAGACAAGAAAAGUAGGUGAAGAAAGAAGAGGGGAAAGGCGGAGAAGCAGUGGGGAAGACAGAAAGUGACACAGACAGGGGGUGGAGAAAAAGAGAGGAAGAGAGAGAGAGAACCAUAUUAAAGGAAUAAAACCAAGAGAAGAACAAGGAGUUCAACUUAACUACAGAAAGGAAAAGUGCUAAAGCAAGGAAAGGAGACUGAAGACCAGACACUGGAAAUCAGAGGCUUGCACUCAGCUCUCAAGGCUUCUCCCCCCUCCUGGUGAGCAGAAAUGGGGGAAUGGAGUUUCCUGGGAGACUUCCUCGAGAAGGUCCACAAGCACUCCACAGUGGUGGGGAAGGUCUGGCUGACCGUGCUCUUCAUCUUCCGGAUGCUGGUGCUGGGGACGGCGGCCGAGUCGUCCUGGGGGGACGAGCAGUCUGACUUCAUGUGCGACACCCAGCAGCCCGGCUGUGAGAACGUCUGCUACGACAAGGCUUUCCCCAUCUCCCACGUGCGCUUCUGGGUGCUGCAGAUCAUCUUCGUGUCCACCCCGUCCCUGGUGUACAUGGGCCACGCCAUGCACACGGUGCGCAUGGAGGAGAAGAGGAGGAUGAAGGAGGCAGAGAUAGAGGCGCGAGAGAACAAGAACGGCGGUGACACCUACUACCAGCAGAAGUGCUCCGCGGCAGAGAAGGCAGAGACUAAGCUGUCCGGCUGGGAUGAAGCAGGAGGCCAAAUCAUACUCAGGGGCAGCCUGCUGAACACCUACGUCUACAGCAUUUUGAUUCGAACUGCCAUGGAAGUGGCCUUCAUCGUGGGGCAGUACGUGCUGUACGGGAUCUUCCUGGAGACGCUGUACAUCUGCCAGCGGGCGCCGUGCCCCCACCCCGUCAACUGCUACGUGUCCCGCCCCACGGAGAAGAACGUCUUCAUCGUCUUCAUGCUGGCUGUGGCGGUGCUCUCGCUCUUCCUCAGCCUGGCCGAGCUGUACCACCUGGGCUGGAAGAAAGCCAAGGAGAGGUGCUCCCGCUCUUACAAAGGCAGCCCCAGAGCAGCCCCCGGCAGGCUGGAGUCCGCCCCGCAGGCAGAGCGGGCUCAGAUGUACACCCCGCCGCCGGAUUUCAGCCAGUGCCUGUCGAGUCCCAACGGCAAGUUCAUCAGCCCCUUCAGCAACAAGGUGGCCUCGCAGCAGAACACCGCCAACUUCGCCACCGAGAGGGUGCACGGCCAGGAGGACGCUGCUGGGGAAGGGCCCUUCAUGAAGGCGAGCUACGUGGAGAGUCCAGAGGUGGCGAGUGACUGCGCAGCCCCUGCCUUCCCCGAGAGCUACUUCAGCGAGAAGCGCCGCUUCAGCAAGGCCAGCCGUGCCAGCAGCAAGGCAAGGUCGGACGAUUUGUCCGUGUGACCUGGAUGCAGCAGCCAGGAGGAGAAGGAGCUGCCCCAGCGCUCAGUGAAACUUCUGCAAAGUGGACUCCAAACUCUGGCCCCUAAUGUCCCUUUCUUCAUAUCCUCUCUCUAUGCUUUCCAGACAGCACCUCCCACAGCUCGAGGCAGGGGCAGCCACAGACACUGAAGAGAGACACCAAUCUCAGGAUACGAAGCCCUCAGCUGUAUUUUCAUCUUGGGACCCACAGGGAUUAGAGACUCCCCACCCUUAGCCUGGUAGAGCACAGCACAGACUCCUGCCCAGUGGGUAUCAACUGCAAUACUGCAUUCAACAGACUAGACCUCUGCAUCUUCUGUGGUCUCUUCAACAUUUGCAACAUCACCUUGGCAGUUACACUGAGCUGAAGCUUCUCUCAUCUGCAGAGAGCAGAAACACACCAGUCGACUUUCUGAAUGAAAGAUUUUCUCAUCUGCUUCAUUUUGGCUCUUUCUAACCCUCUCUUUCUCUACCUGAGCUCAGAUAUUGUAUACGAGGUUACCUACACAAUAAAUCCUACUUGAAUUAUUUGACACAAUGUAUAUAACAACUCCUCCCCAUAAAUAAGGACGUCUGUGGUCCCCAGUGCACAGCUGCCUCAUGUCUAACAUUGGAAUCCCUUCCUCAUUCCUAAGUCAGUGCAGCAGACUGGCCCCAGGGAAAUCACUUAGAUGACCAGUUGAUGAAGACUGGGGAAUUUUCCCAAGAUACUUAUGUCAUCAAUCCUAAGCAAGACAUCCAUUAACAGAAAUAGAUUCUCUCCUGUGAGAACAGAUAACUCACAAGUAUCAUGUAGAAACAAAGUGGUUUUCCCCUUUUUGAAACUCAUCUUUCAAGCAACCUGAAUGCUGCUGAAAGGGUGCUGCCAGCUGCCCACUUGAGAGAAAAGCAUCCUCUGUUUAUCUGCAGAAGAGGUACGGCCUGUGUCUUCUCACCAACCUACCAAAACACUUCAGCAUCCUCUGUAAGCACAGAGAGCCCUGCUCAGCUCCUGCACAUCAUUCAGCUCCUCCCUCCCUGCUCUCUCAAGCUUGCCAGCCAGCACUGGUCAAGUUAUUUGUCCCACAGCAAGUCUCUGCUCUGCCCCUAGGCCAUCCUCUCCACUCCAUCCCCAGCACACACGGUGCUAGAAAUCACCCAUGGACCGGGUCUUUCCACCACUCUCAGAACAAACACUGGUGCCCCAAGGCUGCCCUGUGAGUCUGGUGGGUGAGCUCUGCAGGCAGCUCCCACUCAAGAUGCAUUUUCUCAGUGCAGAGCUGACAUCCCUCUGUUAAAGAUCUGCUAAACAGAGCCAAGCUGCUCCCUUUUGUUUUCCCUGCACUGCCCUUUCAGACACAGGCCACAGCUUCCCAACACUGGACUGCACAAGCAAAUGGCCUUGGGGGGAUGAGGGGACUGAGCCAUUCCCUCUCUUAGGGCCACUGAAAGUGAAUCCCUGCUCGUGAUACACAGCUUUGGUACAGCUCCCUGUACAUUUAAAUACACAUUCACACUCAGAUGGGGGAAACCGUGUUUUUGUUUGUAAGUUUUUAUAUAUUUGUAUUUUUUAAUCCUGAAAAGACCUGUGUGUUUUCCUUAACAUGAGAUUUUAGUCGUGUCUAGGUUUCUCCUAAUAAAGUUCUAACUCCA